CCUCCGUCAAAGCCGGUCUUCACGUUGAUCAUCAUAGGGACUUUGAUGUCCUCGCCAGCUUCUUCCAGACCUUCCUUCAAAGCCAAGUCUUCACGUCAGUCCUCUCAGGUACUCUGAUGUCCUCGCUGGCUUUUUCCAGUCCUCCCUUCUCCUUCCGUCCCUGGAAGUACCCCGUCCCUUCCGUGGAGCAGCCCUGCCUUCACGUGGGUCGGACCUAUGAUGUGUGGGCAAGAGAGCCCUCCACACCAUGAUGGAGUCCAUCAUAACGGCUGUGGUGCUAGAUACUGGCAGAUCCAACUCUCUCAAACACUUCCCUACUAAGAAAAUCUCCAAAAUGAAACUCUUCAAGACAAACUCGGUGCCCCACGUGAAGGAGGACAUAUUGAAUGGUGUGGGCGGCGCGGGCGGCAUGGAGGGCGUGGGCGGGCGGGCGGCCAGCAAGGUGGGCGGCACAGCAGCAAGCUCAACCACUUCCAGAGGAUCUUCCAGCAGUGGCUCUUCCGGCCAAGGAGUGGGAGGUGGUGGUGGGGUGGCGAUGACGUCGGCGGGUCUGACAUCGUCAACGCAGACGCUAGCGGUGACAUCAACGCCUCGAUCGCCUUCCCUGGCGUCCAUCUCUUCGGACGGCAGUGCCGACAGCCACUUAGUGGAGCGGGAGGAUAUCGUGGCCCUCACCACUGCCGUCAGAGCCUUCAAGGAAGCUCUGGGCAAACUGAAGAGAAUCUUCCACCCAGAGAGAGAUAAAAACGAAACUUUGCGAGUUGCUGCCCAUGAGCGUCUUGGGGAAGUGUUGAGGAUUCUGAGGUCUAUCUUAGAGAGGUACAGCCCCAUCCAACACAACGAGCUGCUGGCCGCCGCCUCACACCUCAUCUCUCACGUCAAUGGUAAGUACCUCCUGGUUAGGUAAGGUAAGGUUUCAGACGGGUCAUCGCAAGACUGAGACCCGUGCCAGGACUACGGUCUUGGCGAACAUUAUACAUACAUAAGGUAAGGUUUGUCAGGAAACAGGACAAGUGUUUCCUGAUGUGCGUCUUAGACACACGAUGACCCACCACUUGAGCUUUUGGUCAUUUGGCCGAGGCCUUCCGCUCUGGUUACCCUUUGGGUAACCAGAGGUCGUUCUUGCUGUAACACGCUAUAGUGCCCUCAAACUGAUUGUUUCGCUGGUCUAUCUGAAUAGGUCACGAGAUGACCUGACGGGGUCGUCAUAAGAUAGGUCGUUAUUGUAACUCCACUGUGCACAGGGUGACACACAGGUCGCACAGGUACCUACUUACUGCUAGGUGGACAGGAGCAACAAGUGUACAGAAGCAAGUCCAAUGUUUCCACCCAUGCAUAGGAUCGAAACCCCGGACAAUCAGUGGGUUCUCGUGAAUGUACAUUCUCAUGCCCUCUACAGAGAUACUGACAGUCUGCUGUAUAUAUCAGUUAUUUUAUGUAUGUCCCACGAAACUAGAAAUAACACGAUUGUAAACAUCUGGAUAACAAUUUAUGUCUCAUAAAACUUGCAAUGACACAAUUGUAAACAACUUGGUUCGAAUCCUGUUCAUUCUCAGAAUUAUUAAUCUGUGCACUUGUGUUUUUGCUCAAUUGUGGCUGCCUUCAGAAUCCUGCACUUGAAAUCUAUCAUCCUAAUACAACAGCAGUGCUACUUCCUGGUUUAUGAAGCAGUGAAAGACGCAAGUCCAUCGUGAGUGCGUAUUUGUGUUCCUCCAGAAAAUAUGGAAUGGCAAUGGGUUCGCCACUCAGUGCCAUCUUGGUCAAUAUUUACUUGGAACGCCUGAAGAAAGAGAACUUCAGGAGUAUAAUCCCAGAGACUUACUUGUCCCAGCACACUUCCAUCUUGGACAUUUUUCCAUACUCCUGCAUAAGAGAAAAUAAGUUACAAUGAAAAUAAUCCUUCCUUUUCUUCUUCGUGAUAUGUGCAGUUUACUUAAGAGGUUUAUUCUCCUGAGGACUGGACGAGUCGCUUGUUAGUUAUCACUCUUGUUGUGUUGGCUCAGUGAUAUAUAUUGUCACUUGUUGUAUUGAUGCAGUAAUAUGUGCAGUUACUGGUGUCACUUGUUGUGUUCAUCCAGUAAUAUGUGUUUUACUGUUGUCACUUGUGUUGAUACAGUAAUGUGUGUAGUUACUGCUGUCACUUAGGUAAGGUUUGUCAGGAAACCGAACAAGUGUUUCCUGACGCGGGUUUUAGUCAUACGAAGACCCGCAGCUGUGGUUUUUGGUCAUAUCUGACCAAGGCAUUCCGUUGGCUUACUGGUCCACUUUAAAAUAAUAUGGUUGAAUAUAAUAGAUUGUUAUCACCUAUUGUGUUGGUGCAGUAACGUGUGUUGUAACUAUAACUCACGAAAUCGUAAUGACGCGAUUGAAAACAAAGCACGGUACAGGUGGAGAUUGAACUCGCGGCUUGAGCUCACUUGCCGCGUAUUCAAUCCCACCCGUACCGCGGUUUAUGUGUUGUCACAAUUGAGUUGGUUCAGUGAUGUACUCUUGCCUCUGUUGAGUACAUAGACUGUAAUAUUAUCUGUGUUUAGUUAUGGCCCAACAUAUGGUUGCCUGUAAGAAGAUAAGAUUUCGUUCGGAUUUUUAACCCCUGAGGGUUAGCCACCCAGGAUAACCCAAGAAAGUCAGUACGUCAUCGAGGACGCAUCCCCCAGGAUGCCACCCACACCAGUCGACUAACACCCAGGUACCUAUUUGCUGCGAGGUGAACAGGACAACAGGUGUAAGGAAACGCGUCGAAAUGUUUCCACCCCGCCGGGAAUCGAACCCGGGCCCUCCGUGUGUGAGGCGAGAGCUUUAGCCACCAGGCCACUGGUGGAUUUUAAGUGGCAAGUCAUGUCUAAAACAGUGGUACA